GCUCCGCCGCUGUAGCGGCCGCCCCGUUGCAAACUUUCGGCCCCGCCCCGGGGGAGCCGCGGGCCCCCGCUCCCGCCUCGGCCGGCCGGGGGUGGGGGCGUGCAGGCAACUCGGCGGGGGAAAACCGCGCUGGCGGGAGCAGCAGCACCGCCUGCUUCCCAGCCUCCCGGUCCCGGUGCACCGCGCGCGCGCGCGCGAUGGACGAUCAGUCGAGGAUGCUGCAGACCCUGGCCGGGGUGAACCUGGCCGGCCACUCGGUGCAGGGGGGCAUGGCCCUGCCGCCCCCGCCGCCCCCCCCGCACGGCCACGAGGACGGCGACGGCAGGAAGCAGGACAUCGGCGACAUCCUCCACCAGAUCAUGACCAUCACCGACCAGAGCCUGGACGAGGCGCAAGCGAAGAAACACGCAUUGAACUGUCACAGGAUGAAGCCCGCUCUCUUCAGUGUCCUGUGCGAAAUCAAAGAGAAAACGGGUCUCAGCAUCAGAGGAGCCCAGGAAGAGGACCCUCCUGAUCCCCAGCUAAUGAGACUGGACAAUAUGCUUUUGGCAGAAGGGGUUUCAGGUCCUGAGAAAGGUGGGGGAUCGGCAGCAGCAGCUGCAGCCGCAGCAGCCUCUGGAGGUUCUUCAGAUAACUCUAUUGAACACUCAGAUUACAGAGCCAAAUUGACCCAGAUCAGACAAAUCUAUCACACAGAACUGGAGAAAUAUGAACAGGCAUGUAAUGAAUUCACUACACAUGUGAUGAACCUUCUCCGAGAACAGAGUCGAACGCGCCCCAUUUCCCCAAAAGAGAUCGAAAGGAUGGUGGGCAUCAUUCAUAGAAAAUUCAGUUCCAUUCAGAUGCAGCUCAAACAAAGCACUUGCGAAGCAGUAAUGAUUUUAAGAUCAAGGUUCCUUGAUGCCAGGCGAAAAAGGCGAAACUUCAGUAAACAGGCAACGGAAAUCUUGAACGAGUAUUUUUACUCACACCUCAGCAACCCUUACCCCAGUGAAGAAGCCAAAGAAGAGCUGGCAAAGAAAUGCAGCAUCACAGUAUCCCAGGUAUCCAAUUGGUUUGGCAACAAAAGAAUCAGGUACAAGAAGAACAUAGGGAAGUUUCAGGAAGAAGCCAAUCUCUAUGCUGCAAAAACGGCUGUGACAGCCGCACAUGCGGUAGCAGCUGCUGUCCAGAAUAACCAGACCAACUCGCCCACCACCCCAAAUUCCGGUUCUUCUGGUUCUUUUAACCUCCCCAAUUCUGGGGACAUGUUCAUGAACAUGCAGAGUCUGAAUGGGGAUUCUUACCAGGGGUCCCAAGUCGGAGCCAAUGUGCAAUCACAGGUGGAUACCCUGCGUCAUGUUAUCAAUCAGACGGGAGGCUACAGUGAUGGCUUGGGAGGAAAUUCACUGUACAGUCCACAUAAUUUAAAUGCUAAUGGAGGCUGGCAAGACCCCACAACUCCAUCUUCUGUGACUUCCCCUACAGAAGGCCCGGGAAGUGUGCACUCUGAUACCUCUAACUAAUCUCCUAGCAACCCUUUUCCCUGAGCUGAUGAUAUGCCUUGAUAAGUGCAGUCAGAGCAAUAGGAGGAAAAGGAAAGAUUUUUUUGUAGGCCACCAUCUACAGCUUUAGUGUAAAACCUUGUCUUCUUAGAGAACUUGGUAAAUCUGUUUUUUAAGGAAUCAUAAUCAUUGUAUUUAUACUUAAAACACACAAUGUUAAAAAGCACUUUAUCCAAUUAGGCCAAGAUUUAGCAUUGUUUACAGCCCUGUAACUAUUUUAUCAUAAUUUAUUAUCAGCAGUUUUCACAUUGAUGGUUUAACAGUUGCCAAUUACUUGGCCUUAAGGGUAAAAGUACAACAGAAGCUUAACCUCAAUAGCAAAAGCAGACACAAAGAUACACCUCACCGAAAUUUAACUUCUCGCAUAUUUCAUUGAGAAAGCCUAAAUGAAUUGCAGACUUCGAUUGUGUUGAAUCUUUUCAUAUUUCUUAUAGAGUUGGAAUAAAAGAGCUGUUUGGUUAUUUCAGUUAA